CCGGCCCGGCGGGGUGGGGGACCGGCAAGGGGCGGGGGCUGCGGCUUCCUGCUCCGGGGGUCGGAGGGCCUGCAGAGUGGGCGCCGCUGGCCGGGCCUCUGCAAGCAGCGACCCCGGAGCCUCUGCGCGGGGCGGGACAGGGCGGGGCUCUGGGUUCGCCUGGAGGUUCAGAGGCCAAGUCGGGGGUGGGCCCGGGAGGGGACACUGCUCAGAAGCGGGGGCUCGGGAGCAGGAAGCUGAGAGUCCCUCUCCCCGCCACCCCGGUCCUGCUCUUCUUCCUCGCGGCUCCCGGGAGGUGCAGCCGGGCCUGCAUAGUGUGUGCGGGAAGGGUGACAUCAUGGCAAAUUCCCAAACUGGACGGAGCCGGCUCGGGUGACAUCCAGCAGGGCCAUGCCGGCCCACGCCGCCCGGGGCAUCUGGGUGCCAGCUGAAGGGGCUGGGCGCUACACCCUGCCCGGCAGUACUUGGGGCGGGGUUCCGCUCCGCCCGCACUCGGCGCGGACUGUGCCCUCGGCGGGCACGCAGUCUGGCAAGGUAGGACCAGGGCCCGGCCCCGUCGGGCCAAGGGUCAAGGUCCUGGCAGGACAGGCACAGCACAGCGGGCGUGAGGACCGCACUCGGCGACCGGUUCUGCAGCGCCCGGGUACAGUGAGAAAUCGCGCCACCAGGGUCGGGGGUGGAGCUUCUUCUGUCCCCGCCCUGGGGCGGAGCUAUUCGCCCGGAGCCCCACCCUCAGCACUGCAGCGUCUCCCAGUGUUCGCUCGGGGCGGAAGUCGAGGAGCCCCUAGCGCUGGAGCGGCGGAAGUGGCAACCUGAACUCCUGCCGGGCGCAUGCGCGCUCCGCCCCCUGCGCUGUUGCGCCUAAGACCCACUGUCUUCGCGCCCGCCUGGUCUCCACGCGAGGGUCUGCGCGUCCCCUGCAGUUGUGGCUGCGCGCACCGCUCUCUAGCUACUCUCGGCGCUGCUUCACCAUGGCGGGGAUCUUGUUCGAGGACAUUUUCGAUGUCAAGGACAUUGAUCCGGAAGGCAAGAAGUUUGACCGAGGGCUUCACCUCUCUGGGUUGACUUUUCCAGACAGGAAGGAUAAGGCAGAGAAACGAGAGAGGUACCACAGCACCAAAGCUUCCUCUAGUAUGGGGAGCACCAGGCUUACACCUGGGUUGCAGGUGUGUUAUCUAGUGUCGCGACUGCACUGUGAGAGUGAAUCUUUCAAGAUGGACCUCAUAUUAGAUGUGAACAUUCAGAUCUACCCUGUAGACUUAGGUGACAAGUUCCGGUUGAUCAUAGCCAGCACCUUGUAUGAAGAUGGUACCCUGGAUGAUGGUGAAUACAACCCCACAGAUGACAGGCCUUCUAGAGCUGACCAAUUUGAGUAUGUGAUGUAUGGGAAAGUGUACAGGAUUGAGGGAGACGAAACUUCCACUGAAGCAGCGACGCGUCUCUCUGCCUACGUGUCCUAUGGGGGCCUGCUCAUGCGGCUACAGGGUGACGCCAACAACCUUCAUGGCUUCGAGGUGGACUCCAGGGUUUAUCUGCUCAUGAAGAAACUGGCCUUCUGAACGACCUGCGAGCCACCCUGGCUCCUUUGCUUGCAGACGUGGUGUCAAGCCCUGAGCAGCAGUGGCUGCGACUCACCUGCCGGGGAGAGGUUGACACGGUGCUGCGGGGGCUGUCUUGGACCCUGGACUCGAUCUGUGGAAGACUCUUGAGAAAGCUUGACAUGAACCAGGAGUUGUUUUGUGUACAUGAUCUUUUUUAAAAAAUUAAACUUUUUUAGAUGAUUC